UUUCCAUAUAAGUGCGCACGAGGUUGGCAUUGUCAGAAUGGCGGCGUGAAGUGGCAGCAACCGGCUUUACUCACACGGCUCUUUCACUUGGCAGCAGCUGGCACUUUGUGAAUGAGAAAUCUGUCCUUCAUCUGAGUUAUUCAUCAUGGAAAUUUGCUUGUGUCUAACCUGCCUGAGUCAAAGGAACUCUAGAAAACAGACUCUGAUACUCAGCAAAUAGCAAAGACUUUAGACCGAGACUCUCGGCCCUAUUUUUUUUUUUUUUUUUUUUUCCGUUUAUUGCAUAUUUAAUUUUAUAGUAAUUUAUUGAAUUAUUUUCAUACCUCACUUUUUGUUUACAUAGUAAAUAUUUUAUUUUUGUUGAUAUUCAAUUUAUCUUGAGCCAAAACUAAACAUGGAAUCAACAACAGCUUUCAGUGAAGUCACCAGUGCCCUUGGCAUCGAAAAUGUGAAAAUCAUGGAACCGUUCCUUUGGAUGCUUGUGUUGGGUUUUGUAAUAGCUUUUGUGCUAGCAUUCUCUGUUGGUGCCAAUGAUGUAGCAAAUUCCUUUGGAACAGCAGUGGGCUCUGGUGUUGUCACCUUACGGCAGGCCUGUAUAUUGGCAUCCAUCUUUGAGACCGUCGGCUCAGUCCUGCUUGGGGCUAAAGUGAGUGAGACCAUCCGCAAGGGACUGAUUGACGUAAAUACGUACAACACUACUCAAGAGCUGCUAAUGGCUGGUUCCAUCAGUGCAAUGUUUGGGUCUGCUGUGUGGCAGCUUGCGGCUUCAUUCUUGAAACUCCCCAUCUCUGGUACCCAUUGCAUUGUUGGAGCAACUAUUGGCUUCUCUCUUGUAGCCAAAGGACAACAAGCCAUUCAGUGGUAUGAACUUCUUAGAAUCGUUCUGUCCUGGUUUAUCUCUCCCCUUCUCUCUGGCAUCAUGUCUGCCCUCCUGUUCUACUUUGUUAGAAUGUUCAUCCUUCGCAAGGCUGAUCCUGUCCCCAAUGGUCUAAGAGCCCUUCCAAUCUUCUACGCUUGUACGAUUGGCGUUAAUCUUUUCUCCAUUAUGUACAGUGGCGCACCACUGCUGGGGUUUGACAAGAUUCCCCUGUGGGGCAUCAUCCUGAUCUCUGUUGGUUGUGCAGUGUUAUGUGCCCUGGUUGUUUGGUUCUUCGUCUGCCCCAGAAUGAAACGCAAGAUAGAGUGUGAAUUCAAGUCAAGCCCAUCUGAGUCACCCCUUAUGGACAAGAAGAAUCGGGAGCUCCGCUGCCCUAUUCUAAAGCCAGACCCGGAAGAUAUCAAGCUACCUGUAGAUGGAGGAAUUGUUGCAGAAGUUAAGGUUCCCAUACUGGACAUGGUCUCUGUAUCCAGAACAGAGGAGAGAACUGUAACUUUCAAGAUGGGAGAUUGUGAUGAUGCUGUAGAGAAAGAGAAACUUAACAGCAUGGAGACAAACAUUGACCAGCCAAUGAAUGGGAGUGUGCAGCUGCCUAAUGGGAACCAUGUACAGUUCAGUCAGACCGUCAGUAACCAGAUGAACUCAAGCGGACAGUACCAGUACCACACCGUACACAAGGAUUCAGGCCUUUACAAAGACCUCCUGCAUAAGCUGCACCUAGCUAAGGUGGGAGACUGCAUGGGAGAUUCCGGAGACAAGCCACUACGGCGCAACAAUAGUUACACCUCUUACACCAUGGCAAUAUGUGGCAUGCCCCUGGACUCCCUCCGUAACCGGGAUGCAGAAGCACGACCAGAUGAGGCAGAGAAGUUUACCGUGCAUGGAGCCGAUGGAAAGAAGAGAAUUCGUAUGGACAGCUAUACCAGUUACUGCAAUGCCGUGGCAGACCCACAGAUGGAUGUUGAGGCAGAGGAGCAGGAGGAAGGAAGCAUUGAGGAUGUAGCCACAGACCGGAAGAGCAGCAGUUCCUCUUUAGAAGAACGCCAUGACCAAGAUAAGCCAGAGGUGUCCCUACUCUUCCAGUUCUUGCAGAUUCUCACAGCAUGCUUUGGUUCCUUUGCACAUGGUGGAAAUGAUGUCAGCAAUGCCAUUGGCCCACUAGUGGCUCUGUACCUGGUUUAUGAGAGUGGAGAUGUUACCACGAAGGCUGCCACUCCCAUCUGGCUUCUGCUAUACGGAGGAGUCGGUAUCUGUAUUGGUCUGUGGGUUUGGGGACGCAGGGUUAUUCAGACAAUGGGCAAAGAUCUAACUCCUAUUACACCCUCCAGUGGCUUCAGUAUUGAACUGGCAUCAGCCCUGACUGUUGUAAUUGCUUCAAAUGUUGGUCUCCCGAUAAGUACAACACAUUGUAAGGUGGGCUCUGUCGUGUCAGUGGGAUGGCUUCGCUCCAAGAAGGCGGUAGACUGGCGCCUCUUUAGGAAUAUCUUCUUGGCCUGGUUUGUCACUGUGCCAAUCUCUGGUUUAAUCAGUGCUGCCAUCAUGGCUGUCUUCAAAUACGCCAUCCUGAAGAAGUAAAGGACAUUUCUAUCAACUGCUGCACAGAAUCAUCUCUCAGGACCACAGAUCAGUGCACGCGGCUCGUCAGAGCUUACAUCGUGGGCAAAAAAAUCUGCUGCUGUGCACUGCCACCCUCUCCUGCUAGAGGCGCUAUCUAAUUAUCACAAACAUAGUCUGCUGGUCUGGCAGGUGGAGGGAUCUAAAAGAACUGAAGGAGGAUAAGAUCCGGGCUAGAAAGAAGUGACUCGCCUGCAGUGCUGUAAAAACUGCUUUUUAUGCUUCACAAUCUGACAAAUCAUCAUCCCAAUCUUUUCAUGUACACAUCCAAAUCAUUCCUCAGUAUUAAUGUAGUCCUUUCUGUAUAUACACCUGCCUGUUAUAGCUGUCUUCUUUCAGUAAAUGUCUCCACAUCUUCUUUUUUUUUUUAUAUCAUGUUGAUGUUACACCCCCAGCAGACAUUUUGAAUUUUUUCUCCUCCCAACCCCCUAACAAAACAUAUCUUGUCCAUUUUCAUUGCUUUAGGCACCAUUGUUUUGUCAGUGAAAUUGUUUUAUCACUUAAAUGCAAGGCAGACACUUCCUGAGGGACUAGAUUAGGCAAUAAGAAUCUUAUUUUUUGCAUAUGUAAAGAUAACUGGCCUUAAUGGAUAACACCAAUACAUACUUGGGCUAAGGACUAUAAUGAAGGAGGGAAUCACUUUAAUGUGGGUGCUUCUUUUAUUUCAAAAUCCAGUAUAUAUCUUCUUUUUCUUUUUAAAUAUAUAUUGUUUUGGGGCUGAGGGCCACAUGAAGGGGAGACGUCGUGUGGAUAGCGGUAUUACAACACAGCUGGAGUCUUGCAAUGUCCAUAUCAGUGGUUUGUUUUUGAUCUUGCUACUGGUGAAGCCAAAAUAAAAUAGCACUAAUCCAGCCA